AUGCUGCCCCAUGGAAAUGACCAGAUCUGGGAUAGCCAACGUAGUGGUGCCCUUCAGAUGUGGCUGGACUCUCUCCAUAAGUCCCAGGAGUUGAGGAUGGAGGGAUUUGGAGUCUUUAACGACAUCCUGAGGCUUCCGUAUUGGCUGCCAUAUUUGCAUCAGGGAUUCUUCAUCCACCUUGCAAAUCUCCCAUUUCCACCUGGGGGGGACGUGGAAUCAAAAGGAAGUGUUUGGAGCAGCUCCAACCAGGAUAGUGGAGUUUUUUCUCCUGGGGGAGUGGGUGACAUUGGGGGGCAAACUUUACCAAAAUGCCUGUUUGAAGAGGCAGUCCUGAAGGGGGGGGUGAGCCGAAGCAUCAGUCAUCCUUCAUAUGCCCCCUCCUCCAAGUCUGCUGAUGUGGCUGCUUCUUCCUCCAUUGACCCCUUCAGCCUCUUGGUUGACUUCACACUGGUAGCAUGGUGCAGCAGUGAGAGUAGGCAGGUUAGGCUUGGAGGUGUCAGUUGCCAACAUCUAGCCUAA